AUGCCCAGCUUCGUCCUCGCACUGCUGCGGCAACGAUGCUUCUUUCUUGUUCAUCUCCCGUCUGUCCACCAGAGCUCUGCAUAUUGCACGGCCACAUCUGCGGUUCCUCUCGUCGACGGCGGUGAGCGAGGGGUUGCGGCGGGGAGAAGUGGAAGAUGGUUCACUUUGCCUCCCUUCGCCCCACUGGCCAAUGUCGCCUCACUCGGCAAGGAUUUGGCGAGAGGUCGACGCCCGACGGAACCAAAUCUCGCGUCAACCACGGCGCUGAAGUGGGUCCGCCGUUGCUGCCCCCACUUACCGGUGAGCCUCGUGCAGAAACUCUUCCGUCUAAGGCAGGUUCGCCCCUGGACAUUCAAAGCUCCUCUGAUUUGUUCCAAUCUUUUGUUUGUUAUAGCCCUUGAGGGACUGAAAGCUAUUGCUAUUCGAUAAAAACUGGUCUUAUUUCGCGCCUGUUUUUCUUGUCUGACCGUGUUGGAAUAUUGAAGUGCCUGUUGGACAAGCUUGAACUCUCCGGCGCCGGAAAACAUCUUUUGAUCUGUGUUUAUCGUCAUUUUUUAGCUUUAUGCCCCUUCUGAUGAUCUCCCGUUCAUGUUAAAUGUGGAAGGAUCAUUAUUGAAUCAUUUAAUUCCUUGAAUAACCGGAGUUUAAUGCACAUGCUCAGUUAUCGCAGAAAAAACAAUGCUAAUGUCAUUGCCUUCAGCAUGUGUGAUCUUCCCUUUCUACGCAGAGGAGGGUACGUGGGAAAAUAACUAAUUAUCGCUGACCUAGCACACCUCUCUUUAACAUUUGCCAUCCAGUUAGAAUUCCCUCGUCUCCUCUAGAAACUGUUAUGUUUAUGGGGUUAGAUGUAUGAGUUGGUCAUUUUAAGUACUACUGAUUACAAAAAUUGUGACUGACACUAUGAAUUCCUCUGAUGGUAGAUACGAAGAGAAACGGUGAACACCAGUUCUUCAACUUGUCUAGAACACGAAGCUCCACAACGUUUACUGAAAAGAGUACCGACUCUAGGCUUAUUUUUUUUCGUAUUUUUGAUAUUUUUCGCUCUUUCCUGGAAUAUUAGCCGAUGUCAAACCUUUUAUUAAAUUUUUACUGUUUUAUACAUUCUGCAAGGUCUCUGGGAAAGAGCCUUUGAGUUCUGGAGAUUUGAUCCUCCUACCAAUAACUGUAAAAGAGUUUCUCCAAGAAAAAAAAGAUUACUGCCUCACCCAGGAGGAAAUUAACUACAUCCAGAGUCUUGAACUACAUAAGGUGACCUAUUUCUAGGUUUUUUAUUCAUUUUUAUGAGUAUCGGUGUUUUGAUACAUUGUAUGUUGGCAUAUGUAAAGGAUGAAUCAAUCAUCGCACUCAAUAAACCGCCUGGUCUGCCAGUACAGGUAAUUUCAUUUUGAUGUCCGAUUUCCUGUAUAGCCUUACACUGGAGUGGAUGAGUUCAUUCUCCAGUCAUUAGUUCAGGGUGGAGUUGGUAUAAAGCUUAGUAUGGACUUGCUGGCUGGAGCGUGUUUAAAGUAUGAUUAUUUAGAACCACCUCGGCUGGUAAGUUUUUAGCAGAUUCCCUUUAGUACCGAUCUUUCUAAUUUUUCCGUAUGCUAUUACGCAUAAUUUUUUUUCCAAGACAUUUGGCUUUUUUCUGCUCAUGAAAUGAGCAUAUAGAUAAGAUGCUAAGGUUAUUACACAUCAUUGAGGCGCAUUGGCAUCACUUUUGUCAGUGAUGAUAUUCAAUUGUUUCAGUGCUCAUAUUUUCCAUAGAGGUGCUGCGACCAACACCGCCAGCUUUUUCCUCUUCUUGUUCCUCUUGAUCAUCUUCAUAUUCUCCUUCAUUGUCAUUAUCAACACCAUUAUUAUUCUUUUCGCCAUCAUUUUAUGAAGCUGAGUUUCAUUGAAUCUUUGGUAGAGUGCUAAAAUAUAAAGGAAUAGAUACAACAAGUAUUGCUUCAUUGACUGCAACUGAGGAGCCAAUAAGUGCAUGCUAAAUUUGCUAAAAGACGUGGCGUUUUUGUUAGUUAUUUCCUCACAUCAAUUGUUUUCUUCUCCUUCUCAUCCCUGUUUCUGCCCUUUUUGUUAUCUCGGUCCUUCCUUUUCCUUCUCUUUCUUUCCAGUCUCCUUCUCUUUUUUUCCUUAUUAUUUUUCUCAUUAUGCUUUCUCCCCUGCUUUAAUUUGUAAACGAACCAUACUAUGUGUAUGUCACGUAUCCAUUAAUGAAAAAGGGAUGAGUAAAAUUCGAUUCCAAUUCCUACAUUGAUGGAUAUAAGUGGAAUUGAAAUUCUUGUGAAGUUACACAUUUUCGCAUUAGAUGGUACUACGAUGCUAUCAGUAGGAUUACCUGCUAAAUGUACUGGUCAGAUGAGGAAAAAGAUAAUCGUAACGUCUGUUAUAAGUAUUAGACCGAAUUAGAAAAAUUGUGCUGAUAGAAUUCAGAAUUGCAAAAGCAUAUUUGACAAUUAUUCAAAAGGACUACAUUGGUUAAUAUGAAAAUUCGUUUACUUUCUAAUAUUUCAUUGAAGGAAUGUGCAGCGGUAACCUUCAUUUUACCAUUGAUGUUUGACUAUGUUUGCUGGCAUUGUCUUCUUGUUGUCCAUCCCUCCAUCUGAAUGUCUCCUUUAAUUAUUACCUUCUCCUGGCAGGCCUUCAAUUUUCAACCUAACAUUUUCUUGUGUGAUGUCUUAAUUAACUUGCUAAUAUGGGGACAAAUAUCUUGAUCCUUACUAGUUGGUGCACACUUUUCUCUCUUCGUAACUUUUAAGGUCUUUCACAUUUAAGUGGCCUUUUCAGAUGAAUUUGGCAUUUUUAAGGCUUCGCUAUGGUUGUGGAGAACAACAUUACUACAAAUAGAGUGAUAGGUUUCAAAGUGUUAUUUGAAAAGGAAUGGAUAUUGUUUAUUAUUAAUUAUUUUGGAGGCUUUGUAUUUUGUACUUGACAUUGGUGGAAGGAGGAUAAUUCCACUUUUGACUUCUUUAUAUCGUUAGUUGUCAUUCUAACUCAGAAUAGUAAGACAGUUCAUGAAUGUGCGUAACUUGGACAUGCAAUCAGCAUGGUCCUCCCUGAGUUUCUUAUGUUGAGCAUGAUGUUACUUCUUCGGAAAGGUGUCCUUAUUCCCCAUUUUUUUCGUUCAUUUUAUGCAAUGUCAAUGUGGGCCACCUUUUGGUGUAAAACAUUUGAUGUUUUUUUCUUGAAAUGGUGAGAGACCUGGUUCUAUAAAAGAAUCGUGGAGAGAAAUAGCACAGAAUGGAAUUGAAAACAAGUAAAAAUCUGCAACACGCCAGCAGAUUAGCGAGUUCCUUUUUAUACUCGCCCAAUUGUGACUUUACCAAACAGAAGGCCCCAAUUCGUCUUAUCACCGUCGCCACGCUGGCUUUCAUCUCAGCCGUUAUAACGUGCGAGAUGGACGGCCAAGUUUAAAAUGCGAACAGAGUCAGAGGAGUUUGUCAGGGUGGAGAAAAAAGUGAAAUCAGGGGAAAUCGCAGUAAGAUUGAUCCAACAGGUUCUGUUUUUCGAAUUCCAGAAUUUAGUUUGUCUUGCAAAUUGUUCUUAUUUUGAAAGUCAAGAAUCGCUUAUUAUUUUUUGUGAAAAAUAUUCGAUUUAAACAGCAUGUUAAGUUAUUUACAAUUUUUAGUAUCAAUAAAUAUCAAUAGUCAUGUCAUAAUAUACUCAUAGUGCUAUAAUGGCAAAACACAUCCAUAAAAGAAAUAAAAUCACGAAUUAGACUAUGAUUUAAUAUUUGUUUUUUUCAUAAAGAAAAAACGAAACUUCAUUGAUUUGUUCUCAUAACUCAAGUUGGGUAGCUUUGAAAGAAUUCGAAUAGAAGUCCUUAUAAUUUAUUGAGUCGUCUCUAACCCUUUUUGUUUGUCUCAUCUCAAAUCUGUUUACAUUUUAUUGUUUAUUCCAAUUUCUAAAUUGGUUCUAAUUGAAUUGUCGAGACAGUUGAAAAGAAAUUUAUCCUCUGGUAAUCUUACUUGCGAAAAAUAACUAUUUCUAGGUACACCGAUUGGAUAGAGAGAGUAGUGGAGUUUUGGUCCUUGGCAGAACCCAAACUAGCGCUUCUCUUCUCCAUUCGAUCUUCCAAGAGAAAACUCAUGGAGCAUUUGAUGUACGUGAAACUUCAGUGAAGUUUCCAUCAUCAGUGUCUGCAUAUAAUCUACUUUAGAUGAUCAAAAGUUCUUUCAUACCUUCUCUGUUUGUUUCCCCAAAUCUUGAGCUUCUUCUUCAGGAAAUGGGGACUGAUCGAAGGACCUUGAGAAAGAAGUACUGGGCUCUUGUCAUUGGAAAUCCAAAGCAUCUGAAAGGUUUAGUUACUGCCCCACUUAGAAAGGUACGUUCAUUUCUACUAGGUUACGUCUUGGAAUUUAUGUUUUGGGUGGGUAUCGAUGUCUUUACAAUGCUUAUCAAGUAUCCUUCAAUUGGGCCUUCCUAAGCUCCUGAUAUGCAGUUAUUUUUGGGGGAUAAUCGUACGGCUCUUGGUGGCAUUUGACUUCGCCCCCUUCUGCUAUGUUUCUUCUUCCUUACUUCUUUGUAGCCGUCAUUGUACUGAUUUUUAUCAAUUCAAAGGCAUCUAUCUGCCUUUAGGAUAUCAAUCAGUUCCUACUUUUUCCUGUGGAGAUGAUUAAAUGAGAUACACAAAAUAAGGGUAAAGGGCAUCAUCGUAGUUAUGGAAAACUAUGCACAACCCACAUGGAGAAAGUUCCUUGCUACUUAAUCAAAUGCACAAUGAACGCAUAUAGUUCUCCGUAAACGGAUGGCUUGUGUCAUGCAUUAUGUGUUCUUGUCGCGUGCAUGUUCUGAAUCAAAUAUGGUCCAGCAGCCAGAGUCAUCACUUUUUGCAUAAUACGGGAUAGUAACGGUUAAAUAUGUUAUAUUUGUCACGGAAUGUUGAUCUGGCAGAUUGGGGUAGAUUUGGUCUGGAUUGGUACGGGCCCACGCCGUGCCCAUUGGCUGGAGCAGCCAUGGUAAAAGGUGUCUGACUAUCAGUCACUUACCGUGCUUCUAACUGGUACUGGUGAACAAAGCCAACCGUUCCAGCUCUCUUCUUAUGUCUGUGUGGAGUGUAUUCAGAGCAGAGAAUGGUGAUCACAGCUUAAUCAAUUCUGGGGCUGACUGCAUGGGUUAGAGGCUCACGCAACGUGCUUAACCCUUGUGGGAGGACCUCACCGAGCGAACUUGGUUUUAUCCAUGUUCAGCUGUGGCCACACAUCUUUGGGGCUUGUGAUCAUGUUCUUCCAGAGGCUCGUGCUUGAUAGCAAUAGUGCCUGCAAUCCACAUAGUUUUUCGAUUGCCUUCAACUCCAUCGGGUCCCUUGCGAUAUAUCCAACAUACAGAUAGGUGCAACGCCUUGAUUAAAUCCUCCAACUUAUACUUCUCUCACAUUUAUUAUCUAGCAUUGUUUUAUUUAUCAUCACAGGUGGCGCUGGAAAACGGAAAAUAUGAGCAGAUCACGCUGGCCACCUGUGACAGGCAUUCACCAUCCCGACAUGCGGUGACAGAGUAUGAAGUUGUCGAAUCUUCUCAUGGUUAGAAAGCCGUGCGCCCUGGGGGACAUAAUAUCUAAUUCUUCGUCUAUUUUUUUCUAAAAUUUUCCCUGGACGAUAACUCUCCUCAGGGAGAGAAAGUGCUUUGAGCCUGUACUAGUGCAGCAUGGACAAUGAGCAAUACUUUAUCUUGGUUACUUCCCAGGGGGAAGCAUUUCUCUCAAGUGACAGAAACGUUGACUUUGUCGCCCUGUUGCAUUCUCUUCAGGGUUCACAUGGCUGGAGCUUUGCCCAUUGACCGGAAGAAAGCAUCAGGUAUGUUACACUCGACGGAGUUGGCCUCCCUCAUACCUCCUCUCACCUUUCCUUUUCAUUGGAUUAUUAAGCUGCGGGUCCACUGUGCCGAGGCCCUGGGAACACCGAUAGUAGGAGACUUCAAGUACGGCUGGUCGGGCCACCGAAAAUGGCAGCCAUUGACUUCGUCCCCGGCCACGAGGAAGCGAGAGAAGGUUCACAAUCUCAGUCCCCUCCUCGCCCUGGAUUCGGCGGCAGGGAGUGUCUUGGAGCAGAAACCUAGCCUCCACCUCCAUUGCCGGCAGAUGAUUCUACCCGACAUCUCGCUUGCUCUCCACCAGAAGCUCCAGACUCCGGCUGCCGAUCGGGAUAUCUCCAAACUCGAGGGCCUCGAGCUGGUUGCUCCUCUGCCUUCCCAUAUGCAGAGAAGCUGGGAUGCGCUGAACUAUUCGGCUCGGCUUAAUAAACCCUAA